CUCAGCAGUUGGAGCACUUACUGACAUAACUAAGACUAUUUUGGUGUCACUCAGCUCUUUAUUUUUUGACCUUUCAGCAAAUUUCUUUAUACGUGACUUUCAAUCUGUUUCUUGUUAAACACAGACCACCAGAUUCAAGUAAUGAACUGCUGACAGGGCACUAACCAUUAAAUCCUUUUUUUAAAGAGUGCAACAAUAAAGCUGAGCUUCCUUUGUUGCUGCCAGGUGCUCUCAGAGACAAACAGCCCGCAGAUGUAGCUGGUCUGAGCUCCGUGAGCUGUAAAAAGUAUUGCCAGCAGAAUAAAAUCAAACAAAAACAGUUUAUUGUCUUCAGCACAAGCUACAUGUAAUGUGGUUCAGCAUAAGUUACUAAGCUGACCUGCUGUAAAGAGACACUGAAAACUCUGUGUCCACAUAUCUGUCUCAGUCAGCGGCUUCUCUUUCUGUUAUUUAACCUGAGGAGGUUUAAAACAGAAGUUUUGUUUUCAGCACACCUGGCAGCAACAGAAGGAGCAGCACCUGACCCACAUAACAUGUAAAUUACUCUUUUUUUUUUUUCUUUUUUCUUUUUGCUAAUGCUUCGGGGUACUGUUCAUAUUUUAGAUCAGGAUCCAUUCUCAGAAAACCAAAAUGUUGUUCCAGUGAGUCUCAAGCUUUGUUCCAUUUAUUUGAGAGAAAAAAAUAAAAGCUUGUUGAUCAGUGUAAUCGGUCAAUCAGGAGGAGGAGAGAAGCAAUGGGCUGUAGUUUUUUUAGAAACCUCUCUGUGUGAUGAUUUUAAUCACGGCAUGAUGACAUUGCUAUGUCAGCCUUUCCUUUCUGGAACUUCUCAUUUCAGCCACACUCAUUUCUUUAACUCUGUACAGGAAACUUGUUUCAUGUCAGUACAAUCAGCUCUGCUGCUGCUCGGUGGUUUCCAUCCUCCUGUCCCAAAUGGCUUCUUUCAAAUUCUUCCUCUUUUUGUCUCUAAUCUCAGAGUUAACAGCUCUUCAGCAGGAUGUUCAGGUGAAGCUUGGAGAGGACGUCACUCUCCAGUGUCAGAUUUCCACAGAAGAAAUAAUCUCAGUGCUGAAGUGGAGCAGAGCUGACCUGAACACAGACGGCUACGUCUACUUCUACAGGAACAAACGCUCCUAUGAAAACUACCAACAUCCAUCUUUUCAUGGCCGAGUGAAGCUGAAGGACCCGGAGAUGAAGGAUGGAGACGUUUCUCUGAUCCUGAAGAAGGUCACGUUUAAUGACACUGGGAUGUAUGAGUGUCACGUAGCAGUGAGGAACCCUGGGAGAAGUAAAAGAGUUCACACUGAGAUCAGUCACUUCAUCAACCUCACAGUCACAGGUGAAACACAUGAAAGCGUGUCAGAGAAACGAGUCUUGGAAAGAGGAGACGCAGAUGAAAAUAUGGAUGAUACUGAAAGGGUCGGCGCUCCAUCUCUUCAGGUUGUUGUUCCUGUUGUUGUUGUUGCUCUUUUUGCCGUUGGUUUUGUGACACACCAACAAACUUGUCAACAUAAGAAGCAACGUCCAGUCAAGCUUCCUACUGAGGACUCAGAUGAAGGACUAUGAAGCUGCAGAAAUGUAUAAACUUGCUUGAUGAAAACUAAAGCACUGACAUUAACUCCUUUUAUAAAAUGUAUGUAUAUACAGAUCUUAAUAAAUUUGUUAGACCACAUCAUAAAAACAGAAACCACACACAGCAUUUUAAUACGAACUCUUUGUUUUCAGUGAAUUUUAAAAAAUACUCUUCAGAGUAAAUUUACAUUUUAAACUCAAACCUAAACCUGCACACUGUAAUUAUAUCAUAUAAAUAAUAAUAAUAAUUAUGUUCGCAUGAAAACAAUUUCUCAACAAAGAGGUUUCUGCUGGACAGAAACAUACAAUAAAUUAUUUUAGUAAUCAAACUGCAGCACUUCACAUUAAACUCCAUCUUUCACAGCAGUGUCAGUUUUAUUAAUUGUUAAGAGAUUUUCAAAUGUUUUAAGUAUUACUCCCACUUCCAUUUGUACGUUAUUGAAAGUUUAUCUUUAAUUUCAGUGUUAAUAGUUGUUUACCCAUUUAUUCUUUCCAUUUAAUCGUAUUUUAUGAUUUUACUGUUUCACCAGAAGUGAAGCUGAAGUAAAGACAAAAGCAUAGUGUUCUCAGAUAUGAUUUACCCAGUACAUCUCCUCUGCACCUGGCUCUCUACGAGCCGUUUCACUCCCAGGAAGGGGAGAGCAGGACGUUCUUAUCUACACUCCCAAAUACCAAGAGGGGCCCAUUCUUCAGAAUCACACACACAGACAGACACACACACACACACACACACACACACACACACAGAAAGCGGCAUAUAUGUGAUAUUUAGUGAUUAUCUACAGAACACACACACCCAGCUAAACUGGAACAAACCUGUUUCUCAGAGACAAAUCUUUGUCUCCUCCUUAAACAGUUGAAGCCACUAUGUGACUAUAAAUAAAAUCUCUGCCUGCGCUUGGGGUGGGAUCUCCUCGAGAUCUCACCCAGCGUGCGCACGUUGUUACCAUCCAAACUGUUUUGAGUGUCUUUAUUUCGCCUGAAGAAUGUCUUGUUCAAAUAUUUACUCUUUACAUUUAUUUGGUCCUUCGAGCCGGAUUUGGACAUUGAAUUUUAACUAAUCUUGUGCUCCAACAGAGUGACCUCGUCGUUUCCUGGAUUCGUGGACCCACGCUGCAAAGUCUGUCGCGACAGCCUGUUUCUAGUGAAACAGUAAAGACCAACUACGUGAAUUCGCCGUUGGCCAGCGUUUUUAGCAAGAGGUCCACGAUCCCAGGGAGCGAGGAGGAUUCUCUCUGACCGGCAUU